AUGUCGAGCGCGUCACCGUCCAUUUCCACGCCUCCCACCAGUCUCGGCGACGAAGCCAGCGUGCUAUCUGAAGCAACAAAAGUCGAACAUGCUGUCGAGGUAUACGUAGAGGCCCCCGCGCCACCGCAGCCCAGCGAGACGGCCGCGUCAGCGCAAAUCACGACACCCGCUCCUGCCAAUACCGAGGGCCGCCGGCCUGCGAGAAGCUCGCGCAAAUCCGUCACGACGUACAAUGUGCAGAUCCUGGCCGGAACUGCCAUUCAUACGCCCACAAAGUAUCUCGAGAAGCACCACAAGAACGUGGUACAUGGUUCUCUCGAGAAUCUCAUUGAUAAGGAUCACGGCUUGCCUCCAAAAAAGAAGAUACGUAAGCCAAAGCCUGAGACGACAGAUGCCAGCGAUCAGAUAGAGCAACAGCUGGCCGUUGAGGCUGCUCAAGCAGCACGACGUCGCACCUCCUCGCGCGUGACUGAUCUCCGUAAGGAGCUUCUUCGCAAUAUAUCCGGUGUGACAGAUGCAGGUGUGAACAUUGUGGCAGAAGGAAAGGCACUGCUCCAUGGUACCCUUCGGCGCAGUACAUCAGAACCACACCUCAAAUCUGGUCAAUCAGCUUCGGCUUCUCUGAAGCGCUCACGCGCUGCAAUGGAAGAUGGAGGCGAUUCCGAGAACAGCAAAUCAGAAGACAAGAUUUUUGCCAGGCCGAAGUCGAAGGUUUGGCUUAAGCAAGGUCUCUAUGUUGGACAGGAUCGCGAUUUUGACCCCCGUCUCUCAGAAAGCCAAAAUCGCGCAAAGAAGAGAACUAAGAAACCAAGAGAGGACAAUGUACUACCCCUCCCCAUCUUUGCCUGCGAGCGCCUCCUUAACGAGGAUCCGCGACACGUAUUCCGGGACUUCAAGCUGCCAUUCGACACAUACAGUCCCCUGCCCCGCAAGGUCAAAGUGGACGGCUGGGUCAAGCUCAACAAAAAUAGGUUUAUUGGUGACGCAUCCGCCCUGUGGAAGCGCGACAAACAAGACUCUUCUCAGUGCUAUUGCGAUGUGGAAGAUGGUUGUGGAGAGGCCUGUCACAACCGGAUCAUGGCGUACGAGUGUGACAAUACCAAUUGCCCAUUGCCCCCUGAACAAUGCAACAAUCGACCUUUUGCAGAGCUCAAGCGCCGUUCUAAAGGCAACCGUUACGAUUAUGGUGUCGAGGUUCUGGAUACCGAGGAUCGCGGUUACGGUGUGCGUGCUAUGAGGACUUUCGAGCCGCACCAGAUCAUUGUGGAGUAUGCCGGAGAGAUCAUUACACAGUCUGAGUGCGAGCGGCGCAUGAAACAGGUAUACAAGAAAGACAAAUGUUAUUAUCUUAUGAGUUUCGACAACAAGAUGAUUAUAGAUGCGACUCGUGGAACCAUCGCUCGCUUCGUCAACCACUCGUGUGAGCCCAAUUGCGAGAUGAUCAAGUGGACUGUUGGCGGAGAGCCCCGGAUGGCACUGUUCGCAGGUCCUCGCGGCAUCAUGACUGGCGAGGAGUUGACGUACGAUUAUAAUUUUGAUCCGUUCUCACAAAAGAACAUCCAAGAGUGUCGCUGCGGUACUGAGUCGUGUCGUGGCGUGCUUGGCCCCAAGCCGAAGAAACCUGUGGAAGACAAAUCUGUCGCCUCGAACUUCAUCACCGGUACUAAGCGCAAGCUUCAGGACUUACUCGGAGCGAAGAGGUCAGGUUCUGAGAGCAGCCAUGGGUCUCCUAAGAAGCGCAAGAUGUUUGGCGAAACCUCUGCUAUGGUGAAGGCAAGAAACGCCCUUAUGCGUUCAGAGUCCGCCCGCGAUCGAGCUGAGCGAGAAGCAAACGAGCUAUCACGCCAGAACGCGUCCCUCAACCACGGUCAGACAUACACGACAUACGAAAGUCAGCUUUCAACACAGGACAUCGAGGCCAGGUGCGUUGAAGGUGGUUAA